ACAAUGAAUGACAACAAUAGAAAGAAGAAGAGAAGGCUAAACAAAAAAAUCCAGAUUUCGAUCGAUUUUGUGACGCCGAAAUCAGUCCAACUUCAAAACUAAUCCAAUAUAAUAAAUCCAAUCCAAUAACUAUGGAGGAUGAAUAUUUCAAUGUGCCUCUGCAGGAUGUGAAACGCGAACUCAGGCGUGGCAUUGUGGAAUGUCAAAAACGCUGCCUGCUGCAAAGUGUUAAAUGGCUGGCCGAGAUGAACCAUGGGCUGGCGGACAUUGAGCUAGACGGUGAUAAAUGCGAUUUCACUGAAACCGCCAUGGACGGUAUAGCACCAGCUGAAUAUGAUAAUUAUUUUUUGGCCAAAAGCUACUUUGAUGUACGGGAAUAUGACCGGGCGGCAUAUUUGGUGAGAAAUUGCGAAUCGGAAGUGCCAAAAUUUCUUUUUUACUAUGCCACCUAUAUGGGUAUGGAGAAACGAAAACUGGAUUCAACUACGGACCAAUCGAAUUUGAAUGAGUCGGGUUAUGUUAAGGAUUUGGCUGAACUAUUGGCCACAUUGAGGACGGAGUACUCUCGUGGCCGUCUGGAUGGUUAUUGUAUGUAUUUGUACGGUGUCAUCUUAAAGGCUUUGAAUCUCAAUCAGGCCGCCCAUCAAGUACUGGUCCAGUCAAUACGUUUGGCACCCAUGCUCUGGGCUUCAUAUGUGGAACUGGCUCCACUGGUUACCGAAAAGGAAAAAUUGCAGACAAUGCAUUUUGGUGGUCAUUGGAUGCGUCACUUUUUUGUUGCUCAUACAUACAUUGAAAUGUAUCUGAACGAUGAGGGUCUCAAGGCGUAUGAGGAGCUGCAGGCAGCCGGGUUUCGUAAAUGUGUUUAUGUGACAUCACAGAUGGCGCUGGCGUAUCACAACAAAAGGGAUGUCGACAAAGCCAUUGAAAUAUUCCAAGAGUUGCAGGAAGCAGAUCCAUAUCGUUUGGAUAACAUUGAUACCUAUUCAAAUUUACUCUUUGUCAAGGAACUUAAAACGGAAAUGGCCCAAUUGGCCCACAAAGCAGUUUGCAUUAAUAAAUAUCGUCCCGAGACAUGUUGUGUUAUUGGUAACUAUUAUAGCAUACGUUGUGAUCAUCAAAUGGCCAUAAUGUAUUUUCAACGGGCCUUGAAAUUGAAUCCGAAAUAUCUGGCAGCUUGGACUCUGAUGGGUCAUGAGUUUAUGGAAUUGAAGAACACAAAUGCCGCCAUUCAAAGUUAUCGCAAAGCUGUGGAGGUCAAUAAACGUGAUUAUCGUGCCUGGUAUGGCCUGGGUCAGGCCUAUGAAAUAUUGAAAAUGCACUACUAUAGCUUGUAUUAUUUUAAAAUUGCCCAUCAACUCCGACCCUAUGACAGUCGUAUGCUGGUGGCUUUGGGUGAAACCUAUGAAAAACUUGAGAAAUGUGAAAACGCUAUUAAAUGCUAUAGCAAAGCCUGCGAUGUGGGUGAUAUUGAGGGCAUUGCCAUGUUCAAAAUGGCAAAUCUUCAUGAGAAAUUGGGUGAAUAUGAUUUGGCUGUCAAUUGUUAUAUGCUUUAUUGUGCCGACGAAAGAGCUGCGGCAGAUAAACAAAGUCUCUAUCAUGGCUAUAUGACCUUGGCCAAUUAUUAUGAGAGUAAAGGAGAAUAUGAUAGAGCCUCACAUUAUGCCUAUAAGUGUUUGGAAUCUGAUGAUCGUAAAUCGGAAGCCAAAUCUUUGUUGAAAACCAUUGAAAAUAAACGCAGUGGCAAAGUGAUAUCACUUGGUACAUUGCCCUCCUGUUCAACGGCAACAGUGGCCAAUGCCGACACCUCAUCCGAUGAUGAUAUGGAAAUGGAACUGAGUGAUUAUAAGUUGUCUUCGGCAAAUAAUUUUUUGUGGUCGAGUAAUAUGAAAUCGACUAUUAAUGAGUUUUUGGUGGCUGCCACAACAAGUUCUAGUAAGUCAGCCGCACCACCGCCGACACAGAAACAUUCAUCAUCAGUGACCACCGAUGAAAUGUCACUGAGCGAAAGUGACAUCACCACCAAUACCUCAAUGCCUGCCACAAAUACACCAUCAAAUCAAUCCUCAAUACCAAGGCGAACAUCAAGUUCAGGUACCCAGCCGGCCAUAGCCACCACCUCGAAUGUGGGUGAACAGGAUGAGGAUACACAAUCCAUGGAAAUGUCUUCGAUUUCAAUAGACUGAAAUUUCCCCAGGCUAGACUGAAGUGUCUAAGGUUGCUAUGCGAGAGUUGUACUUUUAACUCAUGGGUUUUUUCAUUUGACUUAACAUGUGGGAAUAUAGCAAAUAGUUUUAUAAACUAUUGUUGUCACUUUAUUUAUAAAUUUGUUUCUAGAUUUAAAAGAUAUUUUAAAAACUUAUUGAAGAAGAAGAACAACAAUGGAUGUUAAUUUAAGUUGUAAGUUUAGCCUCAUUAGCUAGUGAUUACGUUUAAAUUUCGUUCUCUUUCCAUAAACUACUACUUCUAAAUUGUCUUUAUAAGAAUUUUUUAAAAUAUAUUUUUGUUUUUAUCUUUAAUUUCUUUUCAUGUGUUCAAACCACAAACUAAACUAAAAAAACAUACUAAAACGAUCAAAUAUAAAAAAACAUAGUGAACUUGCCAA